AUGUCUCAAGGAGUCCCUGGCAUACCUCCGCCGGAGGUGGUCCAAACGGCGCUAGGAAAGGCGGCGUCAUCGCCCUCGAGCUUUGGUUAUACGUCCUGGGACGGUGAACCUGCCUUGCGGGCUGCACUGGCCAACGAAAUGAAGAUCACCUAUGGAAAGGGUGCUGAUAUACAAGUUGAAGAUGUCGCUUUGACUUCAGGAUGCAAUCUCGCGUUCGUGGCUGCUGUCAUGAGUCUAGCAGAUGCGGGAGAUGAGGUCGUGCUCCCCGUGCCCUGGUACUUCAAUCAUCAGAUGGCGCUUAAUCUUCUAGGCAUCAAAGCCGUUCCUCUGAAAACACGUCCCGAAGAUAGCUUCACACCGUCCGUAGAAGCAUGCAGAGCCCUUAUCACGUCGAAGACUCGCGCAAUAGUUCUUGUCACGCCGAACAAUCCAACAGGCGCGACGUACUCCCCCUCCCUAAUCACCUCUUUCUUCGCCCUCGCCCGAGAGAACAACGUCGCGCUGAUCAUCGAUGAAACCUAUCGCGACUUCAUAACGACAAACGAACCUCCGCACACCCUAUUCUCUUCAUCAAAUCCAUUCCACUGGCGCAGCACCUUCAUCCACCUCUUCUCCUUCUCCAAAUCCUACUGCCUCCCGGGCCAUCGUCUCGGAGCGAUUGUCGCCUCGCCUGAACUUCUCUCGUCAAUCAAGUCCGUGCUCGACACGCUCCAAAUCUGCCCCCCACGUCCGAUCCAGCUCGCCUUGACCCCGCUCCUUCCUGAUCUCCGAGGCUUCAUCAAACAGACGGCGAUCCAACUACGCGAUCGCCACGCGCUGUUCAAGGAGCGGCUACCCGAGGGCUGGCGCGUCGGUGCACAAGGCGGAUAUUUCGCGUUUGUCAGGCAUCCGUACCCGCGGGUGAAGGCACUUGAUGUGAGUCGGAGGCUUGCCGAGGAGGUAGGAGUUGUUACUCUCCCUGCGUCGUUCUUUACCGAGGACAAGCGGGAGCUAGGUGGGGAAACCGUCGUCGAUGGUUGGGAUGCUGUCGAGCUGGAACGGCAGGUGGCAGAAGAAGAGAGAUGGGUACGGUUCUCGGUCGCCAAUGUGGACGAUGACAAGGUUAAAGGGGUGUGCGAACGGCUGAAGGGCUGCUCGGAACUAUUUAAGUGGAAACUUGACUGA